CCUGCUAGAAUCGGAAAAGUUCGGUUCGCUGCAUGGUUUAGUUCCUAAUGAAUAUGCAAUGCAGAGUGAGCUCCAUUCGUAACCACGGUGUAUUUAUUCUUUUUCGGUAGAAAGCUUCGAUUAGUAUUUGGGCGUAUGUUGUACUGAAAAGUUACGAGCGGUUUGACAAAGUCCCUUCUUGUUAUUUUUUCACAGAGUUAACCAACUAACCAAAGAUGGAUGUGACGGCAGCCAAGACAAUUUAUGACUUUACUGCAACCGACCUCAACGGGAACGAUGUGAGCUUGGACGUGUACAAAGGAACCGUGUGUCUGAUAGUCAACUUUUCCACGAGGGAUCCGGCAUGCGAAAAAGUGUUCUCAAUGCUUGCACCCCUUUACAAAAAGUUUCACAGCAAUACUAAGUCAGGUCUAAACAUCCUCCUAUUUCCAAGUUUCCAAUUCGGUGCCAAGGAAUCGACUAGCGAAAUUUUAAACUUCUUUGAAAAGAAGAGCGAACUUCUAGUGGGAGACGUUUUUGCUGAGAUUGAAGUCAAUGGCUCCAAGUGCAUCGGUUUGUACAAAUUUCUGAAACAGAAAAAACCGGGAAAUUGUGGAGGAUUCAUUAAUAGCAAUUUGACAAUGUUCCUGACUGAUAGGAAUGGUGUGCCUGUGGAGCGACUCGGAGCUGGUGUGCAUCCUUAUCUUCUCGAGGACUUGAUUGAACAAUAUUGUGGGUAGGUUUGGUUUGUAGGUGUACAGUAUAUAUCGGAAUGCAGUUUUCUUGUCAUGACUAACAUUUUACAUUGUCCAC